AUGGAAGACCACAGGGACAGUUGUAAUAACUCAAAAACAAGUAAGAACUCCUCCUACACAUUCUCCUGGGCAAGUGCGCCAUACUUGCUCUGCUCGCUUCAGGCAGGCAUUUUGUUUUUUGGGCUCCUGAAUGAGAUCUGUGCAGAAUUUCAUAGAAUUACAAACGUCAACCUAAAAAACCACUUCUAUGCUGAGUUGGACCGACAUGCCCCUCAUCUUCUGAGCUUGUUCAGGAUUAAAGCAGGACGUGCUGGAAAAGUGUCUGAAGUUCUGUGUCAGCUCUUCAGAAUAUAUGACCUCCAGGAGCAAGUUGAUGUGCAUGUCAGACGUGCUGCUGUCCUCCGCGCUCUUCCUGCCUAUCUUCAUGAGGACGACUGCAGUUUUCUGAAGACGUGGAAUGUGUCCCAAUCUGAUGAACCCGACAUUGAUGACAUGCCAAUUGGUCUCCUCUCAAUCAGUGCCAAUUCAACUGAUGCCACGCCAUUGUGUCCAGAGAGGAUUGCAGUUGUGCUUGAGGGUAACAUUGUUAUCGAACACCCCACAUUAGCUGAUGCAUUUGUCACGCUUUUUGGACUUAUGUACGCACUGCAUCUAAGUUACCCAAAAGAGUUAGCAAACACUUUUGACUUCACCCAGAAAGUCUUGAUGGGACUGGAGGAUGGAAAGUUGAGGCCCAGAGUGUUGACCCUUAAAAACGAGCUGUUGGCAGUGGAGUAAAUUGAAGUAUGAAGAAAUGUUACACCGUUGCUAAUUCAUGCAAGUGUCUGGACAUGGUUCAGUUAUUACAUUCAGUCCCAUGUGUCCAGCCAUGUUAUGUUAGAGUUUGGUUUUCUGAUUGCUGAAGGGAGUAGUGCACAGAAGUGUUCAGCGCUCUGCUCAUCACUACCAGCAGGACUCUCAAUUUGCUGAAAGCAAUGCCAUAAAAGCUUCUGUAAGGAUCCCAAUACUUUUUGUACCUAUGUAUUGUAUGUGUUCUUGGUUUUACUUGCAGAAAAAAACAGUUUUACCAGUGCAAAACCGGUGGAGAGUAGGUAGCGUGGCCCAAAUGUUAUUUUCUUGUUCAAUUUUAAAGGAAUAAUAAGAAAGAAAUGAGCGCUAGUGUUAUGAGUUACUUUCUUGCGUUAAACUUCAAUUUUAAAUUUUAAUGAUUUUCAUUACCACAUAUCAAUGUGUGCCAAAUUGGAAUUGAAUGUCAGACAAAAAUGAUACAUAUUAGGAAAAAUUGUAUUUGGUCCAUUUUACCUGCUGUAUGAAUGUAGCCAGUGCUGUACAUUUUCUACUGCUAUGAUCAUCAAGUUUAUUUUGUGUUAACUAGACUGAACUAUGAGUGGAGGUUGUGUUAAAAUUAGUCUGGUGUUGUGUUGAUGAUUCAAUAAUAUUAUGCCCAAAAGUACAAAUUAUAUUAAUGGGACUAUUAUUCACCAGAUGCAGAAAAAAACUGUCCAGUGACUGUCCAGUUUUUUUUUAAACUAUGUAAUUUAAACACACAAAACUGUCCCUUACACCAGGGGUGUCGACUCUGUCCACAUUGGGCUGGUGUGACUGCAGGUUGUUUUUUUUUUCCUGCAAAGCAGAAGCUCAUGUUCUCAUUUGUUUGAAGACUGACUAAUGGAUUAAACUAGUAGAAUCAGGUGUGUUGCUGGUUGGUUUGAAUAAAAAUCUGCAGCCACACUGGGCCAAUAUGGAGAGGUUUAGCAACCCUGCCUUACGCUGUCAAAAUGUAUUUAUUAAUUGCCCUGUAGAAAUUUUCCAAAAUGACCAUACCAUAAUAAGUUUUUUUCUCUCCCUCUCUCCUGUGAAGUUGCAUUGGACAGCAAUGAUGUUCAGCUUGGUUUUAGUGAGUUACUCUUGAAGUGGGAUUUUUUUAAAUGUAUUUUAUUAAUUUAUUUUUGCAUUGCUACACAAAACCCCUAAUGCAUCAUUCUGCAAAAACAAUGAAUUAUUAGAGGAAGGUUUUUUUUUUUUUUUUUUGGUGCUCACUUUUUCUAUUAGAGAAGCCACAUUUUAGAAAUCCUUGUGUUAAAAGGCUGUAUAAUUAAGCUUUAUAUAUAUAUAUUUAUUGUUGUGACCUGAUUAUUUGACACAUUUUUUUAUACUUUUUUUUUUUUUUUCGUAUUCUCCACUUCUAAAAAUGAUUGAUCCAUUUCCUCAGGCAUUUCCUUAUGUACUGUUUGUGAUUAAUUCAAGUAAUUUCUAUUUUUAUAGUUUUUCAUUGUAUGUGUAAAUAAAAAGUUAGUUAACUGUUGACAUAUUUGUUUUUAUUUUAAAAUGUGUUCAAGUAAAUACAGGGGUUGGACAAUGAAACUGAAACACCUGAUUUUAGACCACAGACUUGCUGUCUUGGUCACAGAUGCGUAAACGUAAUUGAACAUUCACACUCUGCUCUUACUGGUGCAAUGUGCAAUUAAUGAAGAUUGGACAUCAGGCUGCUCCAAUUUAACCAUGAAACCUCCCACACUAAAAUAAGGACAGGUGUUUCAGUUUCAUUGUCUAACCCCUGUACAUUUCUAACAGGUUCAAAAAACGUUUUUAAACUACUGUGAAUUAGUUUUUUUUUUGUUGUUGUUUUAACGAGAAAUGUUUUCAAGUAAAUGCAAUAAAAAGAUUUCGUUACCUAUA